UUUAGGGUUAUUAAAAAUAUAAAGUAAUUAAUGAUUAAAUAUUUACUUUCUUCGUUUGGUUUUCAUUUACGUGUUAAAACGCAUACCUAAUUAUUAUUAAUGUUAUUAUAUUUCACAUCAUUAUUUAUAUUUAUUUCAUGGUGCAUCAGCUGCUGAAAAAAAUGGUAAAGUAAAACUAAUAUGCGUUUGGUGAAAAUGUUUCGUAAUCUUAGUUUGAGAAUCUAUUUAAUUACAGAUCUAAAAUCAAAGUUUGAUUUUCAUAACAAGCAGCACAGCAGCAUCGAGUCGGAUUUGCAUUAGCGCUUUUACAGUGAAAGUAGGCCGCUGAACUUCCGCUGCUUAGCAACCAAACCUUACACAAGCAAAGAGAAGUUCGCGAGGAUGUGCUCUCAGGUUUGUUUUAACAAAUGAGGGACUUUGAGGCCGCUGUGGAUGGAGCUCAUUGUUUCAGGGUGCUGUGCUCUCACCCAUGCUGCUGGGACACCGGGCGCCGCUGCCACCGAGGAAUCAAACGACACACCCCAGAACGCCUGAGCAAACACGCUCUCAAAAACGAGGACUUUCCAUCUCUGAGUGUAGUUGAUGUCUCUGAAUGGACCGGACCGUUGAAUGAAAGGCCACCGUACGGUGCUGACACAGAGGCGUCUUUGAAUAAUGUCUCUUGCGUUUCUGUCAUCAAACAGAGUAAAGACACUCGGGAGGUUAAGAGGGCAAAUCUUUCCUUCCCAGACAUCACGUUGCCCAGCGAUAAUCCAAACAGUACCAUCAAGUUAAAUACAGUUGACAUGAGUCCUUUGGGCGGCUCUGAGUGGUCAGAGUGUCCAGUGUUUAUGUGGAUUCCUAACCUGCACCACGAAACUCGGUGGAUCCGCCAAAACAAGUCUAAACCUCCAAACAUCACUAUAAAAGAGUUAGUCUGCCUUCCAUCUUGUCAAACGACAAAGCCGUCCGUAGCGGCCAACCAGCGGAAGAAGUGCAACGGUCGUGAAAGGAGAGGGAAGAGAGGAAUGAACUCUACACAAGAGGGCGCUGGCAGCCCGCGCUGGGUGGGCAUCGGAUUUAACCCCAUUCCCAAAACUACCAAACAUCACCUCUUCAACAGCCUAGCCUUCAAAGAUAGUGGGUGGGGAUCAUUGGAUCAAAAACUGCCGAGCCUAACUGCAAAGCCAAAGAGCAGUAGUGUCUGUCCAGCCUUGAGUCUGAGUCUAGGAUCAGUGAAGUGCUGGAGAGGCCUCUAAAACAGACUUAAAUCUCAGACACACUAAGAAGACAAAGGGUUUUAAUUGAAAAUGAAAAGUCUGUUCCAUAAGUAGUUUGUCAUGUCCAGUGAUUCACAUGCACGGACAGUUUUAAACACAGACUAGUUUCAAUAAAUAAUUCAUGUAGCCUAUAUGGUUUGUUCUUC